AUGGGAUUCACCAUAUUCGCCCUGCUGUUCGUCGGCUUCAUGGAUCUGUGGGAAAACACAGUUGACACGAUCGCGCUGAUGGUGGUGGCGGUGGUGAUCGCGGUAACAGUUGGUCUGCCCCUGGGUGUACUGGCGGCGCGCAACAGUAUUGCGAACAAUCUGAUGCGCCCCAUAUUGGACGGAAUGCAAACGAUGCCCAGCUUCGUGUAUCUGCUGCCGGGCAUUCUAUUCUUCGGACUGGGGAAGCCUGCCGGCAUCUUCGCCACGAUCAUCUACGCGGUUCCGCCGGUCAUUCGCCUGACCAAUCUAGGGAUCCGGCAGGUCUCGACGGAAGCGGUCGAGGCGGCGCAUGCGUUCGGAACGACACCGUUCCAGCUGCUGACCAAGGUGCAGAUCCCGAUGGCGCUGCCGACGAUCAUGGCCGGCAUCAACCAGACGACAAUGAUGGCAUUGGCGAUGGUGACGAUCGCAAGCAUGGUGGCGGCCGGAGGGCUUGGCGACAACGUGCUGCGGGCGUUGCAGAAGAACCAGCCUGGCAACGGCGCCAUCGCGGGGUUGGCGAUCGUGUUUCUGGCCAUCGUUAUCGACCGCUUGACACAGUCGGUGGCCCAGGAGCAGGAGGACAGGCGCAGUGUGGGGUAA